AUGAAUGCUAUCCCCCAUGCUCUCGAAAUACUGUAUACUGAUACACGGAUAGAUGGCAGAGGGAUUGGUGAGACGAGAGACAUCUCCCUUUCGUUCUUUACUGCGAGGGGGUCUGUACUGGUUGAAAAGGGGAAAACGAAGGUCGCUGCGUCUUCCAAGCUGGCAAUUCUAUCUGGGAAACAGCUCAGAAGCGGUCGUAUUACUGUCACGUGCAAUCUCCCUUCCGAAUUAAAGGAGACCAUAGAGCAUGUGAAUCUCGCAGACCUACUGAAUAACACCUUCGCAAGCGACCAGGUCGUCCCUAAGGAUACUCUCGUUAUAAUACCUGGCGCCAUGUACUUCGUCAUUCGCUGCUCAGUCGAGGUCCUCCAAGACGACGGCGGACUUCGGGAUGCGUGCAUCAUUGCAGCUGGCACAAGCAUCUAUCACAUGGGGAUCCCUAAUGUGCAGGCCUACCGCGGAUCCAGCAUUGACACGUGCAACAAGAAACAGGUUGAAGAGUUUACCACGCACAUCAUGGGGUUACCGAGGGACGAACUGGUCACCAUGAGAUAUAUACCGCUCUCUGUUACAUUUGGACACUUGGAUAAAAGAAGAAUAGGACUCUAUCAGCUCUCUUCAGCUGCAAACAUGGAAGAUAUCUCUGAUAGAGGCGAGGACGAACACAAGCAAGGGGCUGGCAUUCAGCACGACUACCUCAUAGACUGCUGCCGGGAGGAGCUAGAGCUCUGUGCAGGCUGCACAACCAUAGUCCUCGAUAAGUCAGGGCUCACCAACGGGCUCUAUAAACUGGCAGGCACACCGAUCAGCCCCUAUGAUUUGGUGCAGAUGACAGUGGAGGCCCACGAAGCCAUUCGACAUGCAUCUACAGACAUAGAAGCCGCCGUCAUUGCAGAUGUAGACGCCAGAAAGAAGGAGCUAGUGACAAAGGUCAAGGGCUAUUAA